AUGUUUGUGGCAGGGCCGGCGCUGGACCACGGCAGGCGCGCCUUCUCGCCGUGGCCUUUUUCGGCCGAGUGCGCGCGCUUCCAGGUGCACUUCGCGAGGCCUCGCUCGCUGCCCAUGACUGCGCUCGUCUCCUUUCCCGGCAGCGGCAACACCUGGCUCCGCUACCUCAUCGAGACCGCGUCCGGCGUCUUCACUGGCUCCGUCUACACUGACCGCCAGAUCAUUAGCAAAGGGUUUUAUGGCGAGGCAGUGUCGCCGGACUGUGGCUGCACGGCCGUGCAGAAGACCCACGGUUUCUCGGUGGCGGGUGUGGUGCCUCUGGCGGCCGCGCAGCGCGCUGCGGAAGUGCGCGUCUUCCGCGGCCGCGGCAUCCUGCUGCUGCGCAACCCCUACGAGGCGCUCAUCUCCUACCGCAACUUCCUCUACGGCGGACACACCGGUUUCGCGCCGCGCACCCGCUUCCAGGGACCUGAGUGGGAGAGGUUCGCGUCGCAGCUGGCGCUGGUGUGGCGCGAGCUGGCGGCCACUUGGGCCAACUACACGCACGCCGACGAAGCGACGCUCCUGCACUUCGAGCGGCUGCGCCUCGAGCCGAGCAGCGAGCUCCGAAGGCUGCUGCGCUUCCUCCGGCUGGCCGUGGACGAGCGCCGCCUGGCCUGUGUGCUGCGGCACGCCGAUGGGCCCUUCCGCCGACCGCCCGCUUCCUCUCAGCAGGCGCUCUUUUCUGCCAGGGAUCCCUUCUCUAAGAAGCUACACAAGAUUCUGGACCAGGUGAUCCACGAUCUUGACCGAACGAUCCAGAAGAGAGGUUGGGGUAGAAUACCAACACAUUUGUAUAAGUUUUACACUGGUAAUCUUCACCACAAUGUAUCAGAAGUUCACUGAGCCACGCUAAAAGUAGUCUGGUCACGAUUUUGUAGGUUGUGACGUUGGACUGAAGAAGUGUUCAGAGUUCGUGAUUACUACAGCGCUCACUGACAAGGUGCUACGUUUUAUUCCAGAACGUUAUUUUUAAGAAAACACUCGAAUUAAAUUUGUAGAUAGAUGUACGUUGAUGCUCCAUGGUGCUACACCAAGUUUGAUACAGUAAAAUGAAACCCUGAGUAAAGGCUUAAAAACUCUCCUGUCUUUGGAAAUACAAUUUUUACGUUAGCCGCCAUUUACACUAUCCAGUGUGCUGCAGUUCCUCAAGUGGGUUAGAGGGAAAUAGUUCCUUCCUUAUUUUGCGCUACUAGUCGUAAGCUCUAGUCUUUCGCCAAAUUAAUGACUUCGACGAUCGUGCUAAGUUCUCUUUUCGAAUAUUACAGCCCUAGAAGUUAUAAGAAAGCUAUCACAAACUACAUCUCGCAAUUCACACUUUAAUCAUUUCAUAGACACGUCGACAUUGUAGUAGGAAAUUAAUUUAUGGAGCCGGUAUUACCUUUAACUGCCUUACUGCACAGAUACGAAAUAUUCACAUGACAUGUAAAGUCUACCUGAAUGUUUGCACAGUAAUUACAUAUGGGAGAGUGAAAGUAUAAUUUUUUCCAAACAGGAAAGUGUCAUGUCAAUAACAUUUCAUUCGAAAACACGGAUAUUUGUGUAAGAGAUGUUAGUAGCAUUUCUAUACGUCAGACGAUGAAGCUUCAUUCAGUUUCAUUUUUGACACGGAGUCAAUAAAUCAGAACGAACGGCACGAACAAUUAAAAGCUAAGAGAACCUGUCAGCGUGAUGUAUUGCCUCGUAGACGACAAUUCAUAACGUGUAAGAGCUUAUUUUUCGAAAUAGACAACAGCAAAAUGUUAUAUACUAGCAAUAAAAUUAAAGGAUAAGUAAUUGCACGCAGUAGUCACUAUCCGGGAAGGGUUCCAGGCAACACCAACACUUGCUGCAUAUCAGCUACAAUGAAAAUAUCAAUCGUGUUACUCCAGUACUACUCUAUGGCUGUGACCAAAAUUAUGCAAUAAAUCCAAUACUGGAUGCUUGGUUAGAUACGAAAUAUAAUCUGAAGAAGCUAUCUGUUUCGUCCAUGUUUUAUAUACGUCACGUCUUCCUUCUCACAUUCUGCAGAAUAAUAACGAUUGAUACCUUUAAUAUUUACAUUUACUGCUAGAAGUAUCAACUACCGAUUCCAUCCAGACACCUAUAUCUGGCCGAUGGAAAAAAGAUCGAUCGGAAAUCAGUUACUUUCUUGUGUGCUGGUCGAUAAAUGGCAGCUUGUAGUGAAUACUAGGUAUAAUCACAGAUGUGGUAGAUAUUCUAACAGUUUUUGAUAGUGUAAAUGUGCGAUGGUGGAGUUUUUCUGUGGAGGAACAUUGAGCGACACAGUCAAUUGAGGUAAUUGAGGUAACGGUGUUGCAUUGUUGAAUGGAUGAAGAAACAUUGACUUGAAGAAAACACAAUAAGUGGUUUAUGCACAUCCAAAUAAGCAGCUUCUUUUGUGGUGUUACAGCGCUAUGCGAGGAGCACAACAAAGAGAAUCUAUGCCACUCUGUAAAACAUUCUUGUAAAAU